CCCCCCAUCCCCCCGCUCGCGUCACUUCAACGGUUCUCCCGCUGGAAAGAAGCUCUUGAAAAGCGAUACCUAAGGGUGGGGGGGAAGAGAGAAAGGGAGUGGGUAGCGUCUGCGUGAUAGGGAAGUUUACGGGUUUCUGAAGUCGUUAUUUGGCGGGAAAUGCAAACUCUGGCGUCGUAUGAAUCUCCCGCUUUCUUGAGGGUGUGAAGUGACGUAUGCAGUAUAUGGUAGCAUGAAUUCCUUAAACUUGAGCCUUGCUGUCACCGGCGCCUUUGCCGACGUUAUUUCUCCGCGCUAUGAAAAUCAGCAUGGUGAUGGCAACGACGCGGAAAAUCGGUUUCAUGGCAAAUUUCACAUCAUCCAUAAGGACAGACCGAUAAUUCUGUUGGUAAUGUGUGUGAGCUGCGCCUUGGGAGCCUUAUUACGAACUAUUUUGAAGGAAACAAAAAUCCCUAUUCUUGUAAUUAUAUUCCUGGUUGGACUUAUCCUUGGAAUAGUAGCCCAUUUUUCACAAAAGUUGCCUUUUGUGAAAGUUAUCGCAAAUAUAGAUCCGAUACUUUUUCUUCAUUUAUUUACACCAAUCAUAAUAUUUACAGCUGCAUUUGAGAUGGAUUUAUAUAUAUUUCGAAAAUCAUUUUGGCAGGUGGUAAUUCUGUCAGUUCCUGGAUUUUUGAUGAAUUGUGCUUUCCUUGGAUGGAUAACUUAUAAAAUUAAUAAAUAUAAUUGGUCUUGGGAUGAUAGCAUGUUGUUUGGCAUAAUUCUUAGUACAACAGAUCCUAUCCUUUCUGUGGCCUCUGUAAGAAACCUUGGCCUUUCAAAAAUAGUUAUCAACUUAAUUAAAGGUGAAUCUUUGUUUAAUGAUGCAACUACAGUAAUUGUUUUUGAAUUGUAUAAGGACCUUAUAAAUCAGAGCCACCAGGAAGUAGUUCAAGAGAUUUUUAUAAAACUGUUUUUAAAAUUUUUUGCAAGUGCUGCAUUUGGAUUUUUGAGUUCAAGGCUAGUUCUUUAUUGGUUGCAACAUAUUUUCAAUGAUGGAAUAAUUGAAGUAGUUUUAAGCUUCUCCAUGGCAUACAUAAUUUUUUUUAUUGCUGAAUGGCUUGGCAUGUCUGGAGUUAUAGCUCUUGCUAUUCUGGGCCUUCUUUUAGAUUCGGUAUCCUUUAGUCCAGGAAUGGAUAUUUUUCUUUACAAGUUUUGGGCCAUGCUGACAUUUUUGGCUCACAUUAAUAUAUAUCUUAUAAUAGGAAUUGUGAUAGCUCAAAAAACAUUUCCAAAUAUAAAUUCUCGUGCUUUUUUUUACAUUGUAACAGUCUACCUUUCACUGAAUCUUGUAAGGUUUUUAGUUAUUUUGACAUUGAGUCCUUUUUUGAAUCGACUGGGCUAUGGAUUUAAUUGGCGUUGGGGAGCUAUUAUUGUUUGGAGUGGAAUGAGAGGCACUUUUACUUUGAACAUGGCUCUUCAAAUUAGCCAGACAGAGAGUGAGACUCCAGCUGAGGCUAGCAUUAAGAACCAGAUAUUAAUGCAUUCUGGAACAGCAUCACUGUUAACCUUGAUUAUUAAUUCAACCACAGUGAAGACGCUGGUUAUAACCUUAGGGCUUUGUAAUAUUACUCUUCCAAAGCGUAUGGCAAUGUUUAAUGCUAUUCAACGUAUUAGAAAAAUGGAGGCCAACACUUUUGCAAUGCUAAAACUUGAUCGAUUUUUGGCUGAUGCAAACUGGGCAAUGGCAGAAAAAGCAAUCAAAAUAGAUUAUCCUUAUAGAUUAAGUGCAGAAGAAAUUAAUCAAUUGGUCAGAUUACUUAGAUGUCCAGAAUGCAAUGCAGAUAUUACAUUUGAGAGAGAUCCUGAACAAAUUGCUGAAAUGUUUGAGGAAGCCAGGUUACGUCUCUUAACAGCACAGAUAGCUAGUUAUCAGAAGCAAUAUAACAGUGGAAUGCUGAACCAAGAUGCUGCACAAAUAUUGAUAGGUGCGGCAGAAAGCUAUGUCGAUAUUAAAGGAAAGUUUAUGAAUAUUCAUGAAGUAAAAACUUAUUGGGAAAGCAAAGGUAUAUUGGUCACAGUUAAGAACUGGCUAACUGAAUGGGUUCACUCUGUGAAAGAGGAAAGUUUUAAGCCAUCAAGAAACAGGUUUAUGAGAAUAUGCUACCAAUUAGUGAUAAUGGAGGAAUUUGAAUAUAUAUGUUGCACGGUAACCCUUUUGAACUGUUUUCCAAUUGUUCUUUACUUUAUACUUCCUACCAAUACACCAUAUUUUCCACAACUAAAAUUGUGCAACUAUUAUUUUCUGACUUUGUACAUACUGGAAGCUAUAUUGAAGUUGUCUGCAGUGGGGAGGAACUAUUUCCAUCAUCAUUGGAACCAGUUUGAUGUAGUAAUCAUAAUCAUUGGAAUUAUAGAUGUUGUAAUUAUCAAUGUCAUUAAAGCAAUUAGCCCAACAUAUGCUAUUAUUUAUACUAUCAGGAUAUUACGGUUUCUUCGUGUUGUAAGAGUUCUGCGUCUCUUAAAGAUAAUGAUACCCAAAAUAAUUUUCUUGUUGAAUAAACAAAUAAAUAAACAGCUCACUUUUCGGUACGAUAUUGCCAAAGGAUAUGUUCAAGGUGAAGAAGAUGUAAAAUGUUUAAUUGGACAGAUUGCUGGCCACGAGAAAGUUUAUGUUGCAAUUAGCAAAAUUUUGGAAACGAACAAACAAGAAGCCAUGAAAGAGUUAGGAUUAAUGCAGCGUGACUAUCCAGAUAUUGUCAUUGCUGUGAAAACUAGACAAGCAGUUCAAACCGUGCUAAAUACAGCUUUUGAAACUCUUAAAUUUAUGAUAUCAGGAGGAAUUGUGGAUAAAAAUGAAGGAAAUGAAUUACAUAAGGCGAUUCUUUUAAGAAAACAACAGCUUGGAAUUGCUCCUACAAUUGCCCCGCCUACUGCACAUGACCUUCUAUGCAAUAUUGUGUGGCUUCAGGGUAAUAAAAAACAGAUAGAAUACAUUCAGAAAAAAGCAAGCAUUCUUUAUUAUGAUUAUGGAGAUUACAUAUGUGAAGAAGGCGAUAUGCCACAAGGAAUCCAUUUAAUUGUAUCAGGGAUGGUUAAGGUUUCUGGUAAAGCCCCUUCUUAUGGAGUUUCUACAGAAGCUAAAGAUAAUCAAAAAGAGUGUGACAAAAGUAUUCACAGAAGAAUUCAUAAACCUGUAACCUCUCACUACACAGAUUACUUUGUGACUGGAGCUGUAAUAGGAGAGCUCAAUUGCUUAACCAAGCAAGAAAUGGAAUAUGGAAUUUUUUGUGAAACUGCUGUGCAGACAUGUUUCAUCUCUAUUGAUGAUUUGUUUGAAGCUUUUGAUACAUUUUUGGACCCACCUUCCCUGGAAUAUAAAAUAUGGUUAAAAAUUGCUCUUGAUGUUGCUCUCAAAACCUUUAAAGAAAGUCUUCCAAAUCUGAUCCAUUAGAAUCAACAACUAAACUGAUAGACAAAAUAGGAGAAUAUGGAAAAGUUGCUGGUCUGAAAAUAAAUAAAGAUAAAACGAAGAUCUUGACAAAAAAUAUGUUAAUAAAACAAAAAGAAGAAUUGGCGGAAACAUCGAAGAUGCAGGUCGCAAAUAAAGUUAAGUACUUGGGGAUACAUCUGACAGCAAGAUGCAGUGCACUCAAAGAGAAUAACUAUAAUAAACUUAAGCAACAGAUAGAGACUGACUUGGCAAAGUGGGAAAAUCUACAACUAUCAUUGAUAGGGAGAAUAUCAACGAUUAAGAUGAAUAUUCUGCCUAGAAUCCUAUACUUGUUCCAGACAAUCCCAAUCAGAUUGGGGAAAGAUUAUUUUGAAGAUUUGAAUAAAAUAGUGCUGAAAUAUAUUUGGCAGGGUAAGAAAGCAAGGAUAAAACUAAAGUUGUUGCAAGAUGCCAGAAUACAAGGAAGUUUUGGCUUGCCUAAUUGGGAACUAUAUUAUCAAGCAACAAGUUUGAUGUGGGUUAAGGAAUGGAUAAUGUUAAGAAAUGCCAGAUUAUUGACUUUAGGAGGGCAUGAUUUGUUACUGGGUUAGCAUGCCUUUUUAUGGUACAAGGAAACAAAAACACAGGGGUAUUUUAGAAGACAUUUCAUACGAGAGGCUUUGCUAUUAAACUGGGAGAAGGUAAAAAAAACAACAUUAUUUAAAAAUUCCGGUCUGGUUAUCAACUGUUGAAGCAUUCUCACAUUCAAUAACUUUUAGAAAGGAACAAAUUGUUAGAUAUAGUGAAUUACUGAAUGAAAAGAGUGAACUUAAAUCUUUUCAAGAAUUAGAAGUACAAGGUAUAAAGAUGAAUUGGUUUUCUUAUUCGCAAAUACAGUCUAGACAUGAUAAAGACUAUAAGACAGAAAGUUUUUAUAAUAAUUUGACUAGUUUAGAUAAAAUCUUAACAGGUACUGAUGAAAACAUAAUUAAAAAAUUGUAUGGCUACCUAUUAGAGGUUAAAUUGGAAGAUGAACAACUUAAAGAAACAAUGAUUGCUUGGGGGAAAAAUUUUGGACAUGGAAUUGACUUAGAGAAAUGGCAAAAAUUGUGGUCGCAAAAUUAUAAAAUGACAAUGUCAACUGCAUAUAAAGAAAAUUUGUAUAAGAUGUUUUACAGGUGGCACUUACCCCUGACAAGAAUUGCUAGAAUGUUCAAGAAUAAAUCGGAAAAAUGUUGGAAACGUCAUCAGAUACUGGGCUCAUAUUACCGUAUGUGGUGGACGUGUGCAGAAGCUAAAAGAUAUUCGACUAAAAUCCAGACAUGGGUGGAAAAAAUGACACAAAAACACAUUGACUUUAAACCAGAGAUUUUUUUAUUGGGGAUUGUACCUGAAAUAUAUAAUAGAGAAUUGAGAUAUUUGAUUGUGAAUGUAUUAACAGCGGCUAGAAUUGUGUUUGCUAAAAAUUGGAAAAACGAGAAAACACCAUCGCAAGACGAAGUUAUUAAGAAAAUAAUGGAAUGUGCAGAAAUGAGUAAAUUGACAUUUGAAAUUAGAGAAUAAGAAGAUAAACAAUAUUAUAAGAUAUGGGAUUUAUUUUACCAAUGGUUAGAUAAAAGUCAUGGAAAUGAAAUAUUGAGAUUUUUCUAGUGCAAGAAAUGUAGAAUUAUAUAAAACACAAUAUAAAGAUGUACUGUUAUUGGAAUGAUUUAGGAGAAUAAAUGGCAUAAUAAAAUUAACUCAAAUCUUAGACUAUUUUGUAUGAAAUGAGGGAAGAAACAGCCAUAGUUAAAUAUAUGAUUAAUGAGGAUAAUAAUAUAUGGAUAUAUAAGAAUAGAGUGAAGAUGCACAAAAGACUUGUAACCAACCGACACACUGUGUCAACAUACAUUGAAGGUUUUUUUAAUUUGUUUUUUAUACUUGUUUAAAAAAUAAAAUUUUUGUCAAAAAAAAAAAAAAAGAGUUAAGCUUGAUUCAAGGGAAAUUCUACUUUGUCCUGCAUAAAAAUCUUGAAUUAUAGCCAAGCUAGAAUUUUUAUAAAUGUACAUCUAAUUUAUAUGUCCUUGGUGUACAGAAUUGGACAUACAGAAUGUGUAUGCAGUUUUCUAAUACGUAUGUCGUGGAUGUACCAAAUCACACUAAAUGUGAUAUUUAUGAUGAAGCUAUGG